AUGGGAUGCACUGUUCCAGUAUCAACCACGUAUCCAGCUCCUUGGGCCGAUCCAGAUAUUCUCAGUCAGACAAAUGUAUAUAGAUUGACAUGGGCUUGCAAGUUUCCUUCUCUAUUAGAAUCAGCCAUCAAAUCACAUAUAGAUCAACUUGUGAAUGUGUACACGUCGUUUGAGAAGGAAUACGUGCUCGUGUCCACUUAUGAAUCUAUUUAUAUUUAUCGCUACAAGAUCAAGCCAGCAGUAGAAUAUCAGGUGUCUCAAUUAACUCUUAACCAUAUGGAUAGUCCACCUAAAGUGCAUUUAAUUGGCAGUAAGGGAAUAUUGGCAAUCGGUCAGAGCGGGAGAAUUUUGUAUUGGGAUGAUUAUACCUCUCCGUCACUUUAUGUAGAUUAUCAAAUCACACUCUCGCAGCAUGAACUUAUCACAGCUGUUACACCAGUCCAAGAAAGACAGGCCAUUAUGGGCACAAGUAGUGGUAAUAUCUACUUGAUAGAUUAUCAACAACAACACAAGAUCGAUGUGUACUCAUUCUAUAAGCAAGCAAGCCUUGUUUCGUACCUGAGCGAUAUUCUACCUUUCACGUCAAAGUCAUUAGAAUAUUUAUCCAGUGUAUCAAAAUCUUCAAUACUUUGUUCAGGGGAGAUUGUCAGUAUUGCAGUCAACAAUAGCUUGAUUUAUGCUGCAUACCCUGAUCACAUCGCUGUAUGGAAGAUCGAUCAAGAGAGUAAAGUCAAGCUUUUAUCCGUUAUUUCUAUUCAUCAGCAUAUAAAGGACGCCUUAGCACGCCAUAUACCGACACAUGUAUCAAAGCAUAGCCUAAAAUCUAGUUUACAUGACCUUCAUGUUAUUGAGAACGGCCAGCUUGCCAUACUCGUGUCUUAUUCUGUGCCUGAAAUGAAUAAUUAUGUACAGUACGCAGUCAUUUUACUUGCCAUUGACCGAGAAACAUUACGCGAAGAUUAUGCACGACUAACAAUUCAGCAUACAGCAUCUGUACCUUAUUCAGUUAUUCCCGGCACACUUUCACAUUUACCCAGUCUAGAACUUGGACAGUCGCUCGCAUUUGUUACCUUUGAUCAAACAGUCGUUGCAGUUUCUUUGGAUAAACAAUCCGUCUUUGAAGAAUAUGCAGUACUUAAGCAAAAAGACGACAUGGUGCUUUGUACGAAAGCUUGCCAACGUGAACAUGUCGAAUCAGCCAUCAUCAUCACAAAAGGAGGAACUAUUCUAUUUGAAGUAGACGUAGACAAGAUUCGGGAGCCAGCCAUAUCAGGGAAUAUUUAUGCAACUGCAGUUGAUGACAUUAACGAAAGGGAUACAUUGAUCUUUAAAUCAAGACUUGAACAGUUCAUCUUUUAUGGAAUACGUGAAGAUAGUUUUCUAAAAUUCCCUCUUCGAGCAGAGCAUGAGGAUGUUACAAAAGCUGUGCUAGCCGUUGCAGAUGAAAUUAUGCAGGGAAGCGAACUACUGCCCAAGUCUCUUGAUUUGGGAUUCUAUCUUGAAGCUAGAUAUGUAUUUUCGAGUCGAAUAAUAGCUGCUUUGAUCACCAAUGGCUUGAUUGAAUCGGUGCCUGAAAGCGAACGACUCAAGUUGAUGGUGAAUACAGAGUAUUACUACUUUGCUGUUCAGUUAUAUGAGACUUUUAUUUCUAAUGGAAGCUUCGUCAAGCAGUUUUCACAGGCCGCUCAGUUACUCUUGCAACAAGAUAGUAAUGACUUUGUACGUGCCUUUUUAAUCGAUUAUCCUCUUAAUUUAAAUCAAUUGCUGAAUCAAUUCUUUUGCACAUUUGAUGCACUUGUUCCUGACUCUGAAGAUACUGCGUUUUAUUUACUAAAGCUGGCUGAGGCUAUACUGUCUCUGGUUCAUAGGGCAACUAGCUAUGAGCAAAGAUGUUUGAAUCUUUAUGAUAUAAAAGACCAUGGAGAUCUUUGGAUGGUUAGUGCAAGGGAAAUAAUGAUGAAUGUCAAUGAGAGAAUACAGUCAUAUGCUUCAGACCAUUAUGAUAACGUGAACGAAGAAAUGAUUGUAAAGCUAAAGGACAGACUAUAUGACAUAUCCGUUCUAUUACUCAAAUACAUGUUUAAUUCGAUCAACAAGAGUGCAGGAGAUAUACGACAGCAAAGGCAGCACACUUUCCAGAAUACGAUGCGUGUGACGAUAGAGGGACUAUGCUCCUGCGGCCUGUUUGAAGCGGCAAUCAAGCUUGCAGAGACAUAUGAUGACUUACCAUCGAUUAUAUCCGCUUUAGAGAAUAGUCAAUUAACAGCAGAUGAAGUACAAGCGAAACAUGCAUAUUUUUCCAAGGUCUAUGGCUAUGAUUACUUGAACCUUUUAGUAGAUCGACUGAUUGAGCAUCAUCAAGAAGAAAAGAUACUAUCACUUAGCCGAGCUGUACCUGAAUACCUUGACCAGAUAUUUGAGAAUAGAGCAAUGAGUAUUUCAUGGAUUCAUCACAUGACACAGGAGAAUUAUGAAAAGGCAUCUCAAUGUCUCAAAGAAUGCGUGAAAAAGGAGACGAAUGUAUAUAAAAGAUGCGAUAUGCUAAGUUGGAUGAAGAUGCUAUAUGCAGUAGAAGAACAGGAUUCACCGAGAGAGAUCACUGCUGAGCUAGAAUUCGCGCAUAUGCAGACUGAAAUGAUUGAUACAUUUAAUGAACAUUUAAAAUAUAUGCACAAUGAAAGAGAUGACAAGGUCGAAUUUCUACUGAAUAGAUGCGCAACAAUGAUGUCAAGUCAAGAAAUGGAUGAGCUGAGAGAAUCGAUAAGGAGUGUAUUAAAUCAUGAAAGCAUAGAAAGGAUACAGGUGAUUAAGUUGUUGGUUAAACUGGAUAAUGUUGGAGCAGACAUAUCAAACAUCUUGGCAGCUAUUCAAUUAGCCAGCUGUUAUAGUUAUGACGAUGAACAUGAGGAUAUGCUAAAGAUUAUUUGGAAUGAACCAAUUAUUGACCAGUGA